CAUGGUAGGCUGUGGUCGCUGCGACGACUGGUUCCACGGCGACUGUGUUGGUCUGGACCUGACAAAAGUGCGCGAAAUGGAGGAGGAGGACCAGAUGUACGUGUGCUUGAAGUGCUGUGAGGAGGAAAGCAAAAAGGUGGAGCCCGAGACCCCGAGCGCAGCCAAAGCAGAGGUUCAAGUGAAGACUGAGGCACAGGAUCAUAAGCUGCCUCCCAAGCCCCGGCCAGGACCCUGCCAGACACUCACGUCAGGUGGGGUCAGACCAGUAAGAAAGCUAAUUCAUCCUCUGAUAUUAAUCAUAGCCCGUGUUACCACUACGUGA